CCUCAUUCUUUCAGUAUCUACAUCUGUCCAGGCUUGUAAGACACCGCCUCUUCUUUUUUCUUAGACGCCCGCAGUAACUCAAACAUGGUUUCGCAGACAGACUCGUACUUCCGCGACGUGCGCAUCGGCGUGAUCGGUGGAACUGGUCUGUACACGCUCGACGGCCUGACGGUCAAGGAGGAGGUGACGCCGGUGACCCCCUGGGGCGAGCCCUCAGGCCCGAUCACCAUCGCCGAGACGGCGCGCGGGCACCAGAUUGCGUUCCUCGCGCGGCACGGGCCGUCGCACAGCGUGCUGCCCAGCGAGGUCAACUACCGCGCCAACAUUGCGGCGCUCAAGGCGGUCGGCGUGCAGGUGAUCCUGGCGUUCAGCGCGGUGGGAUCUCUGCGCGAGGAGGUGCGUCCGGGAGACUUUGUGCUGAUUGACCAGGUCAUCGACCGCACCAAGGGCGUCCGCGGCGACUCGUUCUUCACGGGCACCGGGGUGACGGCGCACGCGUCGUUUGGCGAGCCCAUCAGCGCGCUGCUGCGCGACUUGGUGGCCAAGCACGACAGCGCGGUGCCCGAGAUCACGGUGCAUGCGAGUGGCACGGCGGUGUGCAUGGAGGGCCCGGCGUUCUCGACCCGCGCAGAGUCCAACCUGUACCGGUCGUGGGGCGCCAGCGUCAUCAACAUGACGUGCAUUCCAGAGUCGAAGCUGGCGCGCGAGGCCGAGAUCACGUAUGCGCUGGUGUGCAUGGCCACGGACUACGACGCCUGGCGCGAGUCCGAGGAGCCCGUCACCGUGGCUGAGGUCAUGAAGACCAUGAAGGUCAAUGCGGCCAACGCCCGCACGCUGCUGCUGGACGUUCUGCCGGAGCUCGAGACCGCAGUCUACUCGCCGGGCGUCUGCGCGCUUACCAAGCCCGAGACCGGCAGCAUGCAGUACGCGUUCCAGCAGGACCCGACCAAGCAGUCGGCUGUGGGCAAGGAGAAGCUGCGGUUCCUGUUCUCCAACUACUUUUGAACACG